AAAGGAGUUAGGAAAACAAUUGCAUUGCAAAGAAAACGCAGAGAUAGAUUCGUGGCGAGAUCUAGCUGAAAUUGCAGUGCGCGCACCUUAACUAAAUCACAGAUUCAACAAUAACAAUUCGAAUCUCCUUUUUGGUUUGAAUAUGUGGGGCACAAUUGCCAAUUUCAAGGAGAACUUGAACAAGAUUGCCCUCGAUGUUCACUUCGCCGACGACGAUGAAGACGACAUCGUUUUCCCUCCCGACGCCCAAAACCCUGCCGUCUCCGAUCGCCGCAAUUCUCACAGCUUGGCGCAUUCCAAAUCGGUUUCUAGGUCGCCGCCACCGAUGGCCAACGGAAUAACAGAUUACCCCUGUUCUUCUGAGAUUGAACAAUAUAAAGCAGAAAUCAAGCGACUUCAAGCAUCCGAGGCAGAAAUUAAAGCACUAUCAGUUAAUUACGCAGCUCUAUUAAAAGAAAAAGAGGAUCAGAUCUUUAGAUUGAAUAAAGAAAAUGGCUCAUUAAAGCAUAAUUUGGAAGCUACAAGUCCAGCAUCUGCAAAUGGCACUUACACAGUCAAGGGAAGUAGUGAACAAUCAUCAAAUCGACAGCAUAGGUUCACAACUCAAAUGAAAAAUAAUUAUCCUACAAACAACGGAAAUACAUCUGCUUUGGAAUCCGAUGCUAUUCAAAGUAAGAUGGCAUCUAAACGUUCAAACUUACAAGUAAAGGACAAGGAGCUAGCAGAUUUGGUAGAGGGAAAAAAUGGCCCCACAGGUGCAGCACAUCUUCAUGAGAUACAAAAAUUGAAGUUGGAACUGGAGCAAGAACGCAAUAAAUUGGCAAACAUUCAGCUAAAAUUCCAGGAGGAAGAGAAAUUGAACAAGUCUUUCCAGGAGGAGCUUAAAUUAUUAAAGUUGGAAAGGGACAAAACAGCAAAUGACGUGAGCAAAUUACACAGUGAAUUGAAUGAGAAAAUAUCUGAAAUAAAGUAUCUGCAAUUGGAGUUGUCUAGACGGGAAGAUGAAGAAGCAAGUGACGCUGUGCAUAGUAGCUUCAAAAGAUUAAUUGAAACUUUACAGAAGGAAAACAGUACCCUUAAGAUGGAAAAAGAUGAACUUGAGGCUGUGCUCAAAUCAAGUAGGAUGUCUUUCACUGGAAAAAUGUCACCUGAUGCUUCUCAGAUGCAGAACAAGGAUCCAAGCUGUAACAGUGAUUUAUCAGAUCCUUCCAAAGGUUUUCCAGGGAAAGAAGACUUGGAAAGAUCCUUACAUAAGCUUAGUAAAGAUUUAAAGGAGACACAUAAGGAGAGGGAUAAAGCAGUACAAGAAUUGACCCGCCUUAAACAGCAUUUGUUAGAAAAGGAAUCUGAAGAAUCAGAAAAAAUGGACGAGGAUAGCAAAAUCAUUGAAGAACUACGAGAUAACAAUAAUUAUUUAAGGGCUCAAAUUUCGCAUCUUGAAAAAACUGUGACGCAGGCAACUGCAAGUCAGGAGAAACUGAAGAUAGCAAAUGACAAUGAAAUUCUUAAGUCCAGGGAAAUCAUUGAUGACCUGAACAAGAAACUUGCAAACUGUUUGAGCACAAUAGAUGCUAAGAAUACUGAACUUAUAAAUCUACAGACAGCUCUUGGACAAUAUUAUGCUGAAAUUGAAGCUAAGGAACAUUUAGAAGGAGAGUUGGCUCGUUCAAGGGAAGAAAUGUCCAAGCUUUCUCAAUUGCUGAAAGAUGCAGAUUGUAGAGCAGAUUUACUGAUCAGUGAAAAAGAAGAAAUUUUAGCCAAGCUUUCUCAGUCUGAGAAGUUACAAUCAGAAUGGAGAAGUAGAGUAAGCAAACUUGAGGAAGACAAUUCCCGAUUGAGGCGAGCUCUUGAACAGAGUAUGACACGGCUAAAUAGAAUGUCAGUGGAUUCUGAUUUUCUGGUCGACAGGCGCAUUGUGAUAAAACUACUUGUAACAUAUUUCCAGAGAAACCACAGCAAAGAGGUUUUGGAUCUAAUGGUUCGCAUGCUUGGAUUCUCUGAUGAGGACAAACAAAGAAUAGGUGUUGCUCAACAAGGUCCAGGAAAAGGUGUUGUCCGAGGUGUUCUUGGGUUGCCUGGCCGCCUAGUUGGAGGUAUUUUGGGAGGAAGUGCUUCAACUGAAUCAGCUGGAAAUGUAGGAUCAGAUAACCAGUCCUUUGCAGAUAUGUGGGUUGAUUUUCUUCUCAAGGAAACAGAGGAAAGAGAGAAGAGGGAGUUGGCAGGAAGUACAGGUAAAUCCAUGGAUGAUUCACACGAUAAAAGUAGUUCUGCUUCACCACCUUCCAAUCAGAGGUUUAGCACUGGGACAGCAUCAUUUAAUCCACCUACCAGUCCUCUCCCUCGUGGAUAUUUUCAGCAUUCUGAACAGUUUGAUUCCGAGUUCUCAACAGUUCCCCUUACAUCAUCGGAUAGCAAAACUAUGAGUUCAAAACUUCUUCCUAGAUAUUAAAUAUAUACAUUUUUUAUGUAAUUAAUCAGGGGUAUAGAUCAUUGUUAUAUUGUAGAAGUGCAAUCUUGUUUAAUUAAUUCUUUCACAUGAAAAAUGAGUGUAGAGUGUAUUUUAUUCACAAGUGUCACAAUUAUUUUUUCAUUGCCUUCGUGUUCCAGUGUGGAUACUCUUGCAUAAUUUGGAGCACUGGAACUGUGGUAACAUAUUUUGAUGUAUAUCUAUCUCAUGUAAGUCGCUCAUUUUUAAAUUAUAUGAUAUAUUGUCUCGUGCAC